CCUCCUUCUCUUAGCUAGUAGUAACAACCAGUAGUAAGUGGUAAAAACCACCAAGUAAGUAACUAACGAUCGAGAUGGCAGGGAACAACAAUGGUGCCCCUGCGCCAGCUACGCCAAUGCAGCUGAGCGUGUUGGGGAGGCGCGCCGCGAGCAGUGGGAUGGGUGAGGCGGCGGCGAAGGAGAGGGAGGACCGCAUUAUGAAGAGGAAGAGGUAUGCCCUGGCUCAACAGGCUCCGCUCACUCAGCUGGCUCGGAGGGAGCAAAUUACGCAGGUGCAGCCCGUUGUGCGUGCGGCGAGGAGCCUCCAGGGGCUCGUGGACGCGUCCUACCUUGUGUUCCCUACGGGCUCCCAGUGCGACACCGUGCCGCCACCGCGGAGCGUAAAGCUCAUCCGCCGCUUGAUCGCGGAGAUUGGACCAGAGGACGUGGGGCUAAAGCCGGAUAGCGCCCGCUACUUCAAGGAGAUGAAAGAACGCGGCGCCCAGCCCACCUCGGCCAUCACAACAAAGACCCUCUACGAGUGCGACACUUUCGCGGUGUCGGUGUUCUUCCUUUUCCCAGGGAAGGUGAUGCCGCUCCACGACCACCCUCGCAUGACGGUGAUCAGCAAGAUCCUCCUGGGGUCGGCCCGUGUCACCUCCUACGACUGGAUGCAGCCUUCCCUCUGCUUGGAUCGACGCUGGUUGCUGGCGCAGAAGGUGCGGGACGAGGACAUGACGGCGGAGUCCGAGGCCUGGGUCCUGUACCCGAGCACCGGAGGCAACGUGCAGCGGCUCGCCGCCACCGCGGACGGGCCCUGCGCGCUCAUACAGGUCCUCUCGCCGCCUCGCGGCUCGCGGCUGCAGCAUAACAUUGGUUACGAUUUUUACAAAGACAUGCCCUGUGAGCAGAUCCACCCCGCAGUUUUGAACCAGAUUAGCGACGAACAGAAGGGCCAGCUUGCAUGGCUGCAGCAGACCGGCGUGCCCAAGGACCUCAACCUGCUGACCUUGCGGAACAACCGUGACCCGGUCAUCCUUUAGAUCUCGACAUAUCGGAUGGCGCACAAGCUACCGCAGCUGAGGGCGCUUGUUUACUUUCGGUUUGCGUGGAUCGAUGAUGGUGUGGUCAUGUGUCCGGAAUAAAAUCGGCCGUGCGUGUACUACCUAGCUAUGUACUCGGUCGAAUUCCGUGUGUGUGCGUGUCUGUGUGUCUGUGUUCUGCGUGGUUGUCUGUG